GCCAAACUGUUCUUGUUACUAUUCAUUAUUUGUCUGGGACUGCAUUUCAAGAGAUUUCAUGCUGUAAAACGUCAAAUAAAUGUGAAGGAGUACAGAAGAGAACAAACAUGAUUACCCACGCGCCACCAGUGUUAACAAGAUCAAUACGAGCGAAGACGCACGAGAGGAAAGGUUAGUUUAUACAUUUCCAAAAAUAAAUGUGACGUCACUACACUUGUAGGCUAGCAUACCCACAGUAAUCCGUCAACGCUAAAGUCAGCCUGUCUUGGACACGCGUCUCCCUGGUGAAAUAAGAUCCUGAACGAUCAUGACGUACGCGGCCUUGCAUUGGCGAGCACGCGCUCUGUUGCGUGACAGCGAUGACGUCGUAUUGAAUGUAGCCGGAAAUUGAGGUUACCACUGUUCUGAACAGAUCUAAACAAACACAAAGCCACGGAGAUUCAAACUAGACAUUCACUGUGAAAAGAGUUAGCAGCCUUUAGUAAACACAUACCAAAGUAUUAUACCUCGACACCUCUGUUAUGGACAAACACCUGUUCAACCUGAAGUUUGCAGCCAAGGAGCUCCAGAGGAACUCUCAAAGAUGUGACAAGGAAGAGAGGACAGAGAAAGCCAAAGUCAAGAAGGCCAUUCAGAAGGGCAACAUGGAAGUAGCCAGGAUCCAUGCAGAGAAUGCCAUCAGACAGAAAAACCAGAGCAUCAACUUCCUGAGGAUGAGUGCCCGGGUCGAUGCGGUGGCCGCCAGAGUCCAGACCGCUGUUACUAUGAACCAGGUGACCAAGUCUAUGGCUGGAGUCGUGAAGUCUAUGGACGCUACUCUGAAGAGCAUGAACCUCGAGAAGAUCUCCGCUCUGAUGGAGAAGUUUGAACAUCAGUUUGAGACUCUGGAUGUGCAGACAGCUCAGAUGGAGGAUACCAUGGCAACCACCACGACGCUAACCACCCCACAGACUGAGGUAGAUCAGCUGAUGCACCAGAUGGCCGACGAGGCGGGGUUGGAUCUGACCCUGGAACUGCCUCAGGGAGAGACAGGAUCAGUAGCAUCCAGUAUAGCAUCUACAGAACAGGAUGAGCUGUCUCAAAGGCUGGCCAGGCUUCGCGAUCAGGUAUAGAAAGGGUUGUAUUGGAGGACUCUUACUGUGGUGAAUAAAUAAAGGCUCCAUCUCUGUAUGAUGACAUCAAGGUCUUUCUGCUCAGCUGGUGAAUGUAAAUUCCUAACGCUUUGUUAGUUCUACGUAUGCAGAAAUGUUGUCCUCUUCUCUGUCAUUGAUUUCUGCUAUUUAUUUCCUGUUUAUUUAAAGUAUUUUAUUACCCACUGAGCUGUGAUUGUUGUUACUGUUCCUGAUAUUUGAUGUAUAAGGAUAGAGAUAUUUCAGCUGUGUUGUCACAGCAUCAGGGAAACUUUGUCAGAACCCUAAUUGGCCCAUGUACACUUCAUAGUGCACCGUUUAACAGGUUCUAAUAGGAAUAGGGAACCCUUAUAUAAUGAACUACUGUUUAACAUGUUCUAAUAGGAAUAGGGAACCCUUAUAUAAUGCACUACUGUUUAACAGGUUCUAAUAGGAAUAGGGAACCCUUAUAGUGCACUACUGUUUAACAGGUUCUAAUAGGAAUAAGGAACCCUUAUAUAAUGCACUACUGUUUAACAGGUGCUAAUGGGAUUAGGGAACCCUUAUAGUGCACUACUGUUUAACAGGUUCUAAUUGGAAUAGGGAACACUAAUAUAAUGCACUAUUGUUUAACAGGUUCUAAUAGGUAUAGGGAACCUUUAUAUAAUGCAUUACUGAUUAACAGGUUCUAAUAGGAAUAGGGAACCCUUAUAGUGCACUAAUGUUUAACAGGUACUAAUAGGAAUAGGGAACCCUUAUAUAAUGCAUUACUGAUUAACAGGUUCUAAUAGGAAUAGGGAACCCUUAUAGUGCACUAAUGUUUAACAGGUUCUAAUAGGAAUAGGGAACCCUUAUAGUGCACUACUGUUUAACAGGUUCUAAUAGGAAUAGGGAACCCUUAUAUAAUGCACUACUGUUUAACAAGUGCUAAUGGGAAUAGGGAACACUUAUGUAAUGCACUACUGUUUAACAGGUUCUAAUAGGAAUAGGGAACCCUUACAUAAUGCAUUACUGAUUAACAGGUGCUUAUGGGAAUAGGGAACCCUUAUAGUACGCAAGUUCAGCAGGGAUCAAUAAGGUGUCCUUUGGGAAACAUACCCUGUAAUGUCAUAUCUGCUAUUGUAUAAUUUUUCUGAAAUUUUUGCUGCAGGAAUUAACAUCAUUAAAGAUGAAACAUUAAAAUUGUAAACAU